AUGGCUCAAGAAGUCGUCUGCGGACCCCUGGCCACAGUCAUGAGCGAUCAUUUCCUUUUGGCUCUGCAUGGCUUUGCCAUAGCAUGCUUAGUUUUGCAUUACUACAGUUUCGAUGAUCGUGACAUAGCCACAUCCCUAUUGGCGACAGGAUCUUUUAGCGGUUAUAUCAUUGUUUUAGUUGGUGUAUUUGUAGGCGCCAUGAUGCGUGCCCACAUUCAUCGACGCAUUGAUAUUUUCUUUAGCAUUAUGGGCUGUGCUCUGUUCAUAGCAUCGGGUGUUUUCGUCAUUGAGGCAUGGGAAUAUUCCUUCCGAACGAGGACACGAGAUUUAGCGUUGAUCAAAGCCUCACUGGCCAUUGUGAAUGGGGUGCUGUUCGGAUUUGAUGCCAUUUUUACAUUUCGUGACAAAUAG